AUGUUCAUCCGUCCGAUCCGCCGCUACAUCAUCGCUCUCGUCUUCGGCAUCUUCGCAGCUGUCCUGGGCAUGCUAUACCACCGUCCCAUCACCAACGCACUAAACUUCAUCUCUCACACUGUACGAUACUCAUCAUCCGCGCCCAUGACGCAGUCAGCCCGCAGACCCGUCAUCGUCGUCGGCUCCGGCCUGGCCGGCUUGUCGGCGGCAAAGGAGGCGCUCAAGGCCGGUGCAUCGGUGCGGAUGCUCGACCGCGCGCCGAAGCCCGGCGGAAAUAGCAUCAAGGCGUCGUCCGGCAUCAACGGCGCAGGCACCCGGUUCCAAAAGGCGGCUGGCGUGGACCAGGACCAUCUCUUUUACGACGAUACCGUCCGCUCCGGCGGCAAGCGCUUUGCUCAGGGCAAGGGCGUGGUCCAGCGCCCGAAGCUUGUCCAGCUCUUGACCGAGAGCUCUGCGGACGCUGUCAACUGGCUUGUUGAUGAGGUUGGUGUUGAUUUGAGCGUCGUUGCCCCCCUCGGCGGACACUCGCUUGCUCGAACCCACCGUGGGGCCGGCAAGACCCCGCCGGGGGCAGCCAUCGUGACGACGCUGCUCAAGAAGCUUGGGGAGAACCCCGAAUUCCAACUCACGAAUUCCGCCGAGGUCACAUCACUCAGUGUCGCCGACGGCGUCGUCAAGGGCGUUCAUUAUGUGCAAGACGGCAAGCAGCACGACCUCGAAGGCGCUGUCGUGUUUGCCGUCGGUGGAUUUGCUGGUGACGCCAAUGGACUCCUCGCCAAGUACCGCCCAGACCUGGCCGGCAUUCCAUCAACAAAUGAUGCGCGGCCGGCAUCUCAUGGCAUAUUGGAAGCAGUUGGAGCAGAGUUUGUCGAUAUGGACAGCGUCCAGGUGCACCCGACAGGGUUCGUCGACCCCAAAGACCCAGAGGUCCGGUACAAGAUCCUCGCUGCCGAAAUGCUGCGCGGUGAGGGUGGCAUCUUGUUGUCAGACAAGGGCGAGAGGUUUGUGAACGAGAUGGAGACGAGAGAACACGUCAGCAAAGCCAUUAUGGAUCUCCCGCCAAAGGAGAACGGCGAUGUCAAGCAGUGGGACAUCACCUUACUCAUGGACCCGGGCGCGAUUGAGGUGUCUGAGGGUCAUUUGGGCUUCUACCUGUGGAAGGGUCUCAUGGUGAAGAAGAAGGUCUUGGACCUAAGCCCGGCCCUCAUCAGCGCCGUCGACGAGUACGCGGCAGCCGUUGCAUCGGGCACCGACGCGGCUUUUGGAAGGCGGACCUUUGGCCGAUGGCGGCUUCCGGCGGGCGAGGCCAACCGCGAAGAAGAAGUAUGCGUGGGCCGCGUCACACCCAUCACCCACUUUACGAUGGGCGGCGCCUCUUUCAACGAGAACGCCCAGGUGCUGAGGGAGGAUAAGACUGUUAUCGAUGGUCUGUGGGCUGCCGGAGAAAUCACAGGUGGUAUCCAUGGUGACAAUCGCCUGGGGGGUUCAUCAUUACUUGAAUGCGUUGUUUAUGGAAGAAUAGCAGGGCAACAGGCCGCCAAGGCCGCGACAGGUUCAUGA